UAUUUUUUCAUAACACCGUUACUAUAAUGUAGUUCUAAUACACAGAUAUAGAUAAUAUUUUGUGGUACGAUCAUAAUCUACAGGCAUAUAGUAAAUAGUUAAUAAAUAUUUCUUAAUCUAUGAAGUAUAAGUUUGACUUUCCGUUACCUAUUUCACUAACUAAUUAUUACAAACUUACAAUAACUGCUCAGCAGUUAGCAGUAAUAAUUAGUAGAUAUACCAAUGAUAUAGCAUAUAAUCUAUUGAAACUUGAAUAAAGUUUGACCGGCAUAAUUCUAAGACGACAUUCGAAACGUUACUGUACCACACAACACGUUUGGUAUUAUUGCUUAUGAAAGUUAUUACAACUCGCCAUGGCAAUUUUUACUGUUUUAUAGUAAUGCAUUUUUAACUUGGAUGGUUAAAGCGGAAAUUGAAAUUGUGUUUGACUGGACUUCAUCUUUAUCAUAGGAGAUAGGUAGUAAAAGUCGUACUAAUUCUUGUUCAUGAAGUACUUAUGCCACUUAACAUUAAAAUGUCUACAGACAUACCGACUUGAUACUUCACAAACCCCUUAAUUUGAAAUUAUAUCUCAACAAAAUUGUCUUAAGCACUCACUUUCAAUAGUGGUGGUGAUGUGGUCAGAUCCAUCAUCAACAAACAUGGCUUAUGGAAAUCAAUGGAUGGAUCCAGCAUUUUAUAAAAGCAUGACCAACGAACAAGUGGACUGGGCUAGUUUGGCUCAACAAUGGAUAAAAAUGAAAGAAACUUCACCUGCUAUGUCUCCUGGACAACAAGUAAAGAUUCCGCCUUCUGAACACAAUUUGGUUAAAUUUGGUCAGCAUGUAGAACUUCAGAAUCCAUCACAAGUUGCACCAGUGACAAAUAAAAUGCUUGGUGAUCAAAAUAUUGUCAAUCCUGUUACAAGAAAUAAUAUUGAAAAGCCAAAAGCUUGGAAUACAUGGACUUGGCAGCAACAGCAACAAUGGAAUUGGAAUUGGAAUUCUUCUUCAACAGCUCCAUCAAUUAAAGCACCUAUUAUAGAGUCAGUUAAUUCACUUCGACCAUCUUUUGUACCUCCUAUAUUAUCUGAACCACCUCCAUAUUUCCCAAUGAUGACAUCAAACAAACCAUUUUCACAUAAUAAUUAUUGGGCAGGACCCAAUACUAGAGUUCCACCACCUACUGAAUCAGAUCAAUGGAAUAAAGUUAGUAUGAUUUCCAAUGUGGAUAAUAGAACUCAAGAUCCAUCAUUUAUUGACGCGGCAAAACGAAAGCAAUUGCCUGCUUGGAUUCGAGAAGGACUUGAAAAAAUGGAAAGGGAGAAACGACGUAAAAUUGAACAAGAACAAUCUUUUGAUGAACCUGAUUAUUCUAAUUCUAUGAAUGAUAAUAAAACUCAAGAAUUGCCCAAUUUGCCUAUUAACUUUGAUCAGGAUACUCAAAUGGUUGAUGAUGAUAUUGAACAUAUAUCUUCCGAUUACAUUAAUAGUAAUGAACCCAGAAAAACUGAGUUUGUGAAGAAUAACCCUUCUCCUAUUAUUCCACGUAAGACUAAAGCUCAAAUCUGGGAAGAUACGAUGUUAAGUCUACGAAAAAUUCUAACAAAAUUGCUAAUGGAUGUUACUAAUGAUAUGAUGUUAAAUGUAGUUAAAGAAACGCUAAAAACUGCUCUACAAACAGAUAUUCAAAGAAAUCAAAACCAAACAUCAUUAGCUGGAAAACUGGGGCUUGGAGUUUAUGGUUCAGAAUCUGAGUCAUCAGAAGAAAGUGAUGAAGAACAACAUACAUCGGGUCAUAAACAAUCAAAACAAAAUUCUGAUGAAGCUAUUCAAGAAAGAAUAUUGAAACGCCAACGUGAGUUCAGUAAUAUUGAAGCAAGAAUACUAAUGGAAUUGGAUCAAUUAGAAGCCAAGGAAAAACUUGUCAGAUCUAAAUUUGAUAAUAGCAUCAAGUUGAGUGGAGAAAUUAAUGAUAAUGGUAGUCAAGUAGUGGAAAACAUUCAGACAAAAGGAUGUAAUGAAGAAGAAAAAUCUAGCAAAAAGAUAUAUGAAGGACAAGAUAAAAUAAAAAAAGAAUUUCCUAAUGAUUUAAAUAUUAAAAAUGGAAAAAAGAAAAAGAAAUCUAAAUCCAAAAGAUCAUCAAGUUCUAGUUCAUCAAGCUCUAGUAGUGACAGUACAAGGAGCGAUAAUACUGACAGUAAAUAUAACUAUAAAAAAAAUGACAAAAUUAAAUCGAAAUCAUCUAAAAGAAAAACUCUAACAGAUAGUGUAAAAAGAAAACGAAGAUUGCGUUCAAGAAAUAGAAGUAGAUCUCAUUCAAUAUCAAAGCAUAGUCGAUCGCAUUCAAGACAUAGAAGUAGAUCACGUUCAAGACAUUAUGAUAAAAGAUCUCCUCAUAGUUUUAGAUCAAGACGAAGUCGAUCACCACUUUCCCGUCAGUCAUAUUCUAGAAAGCAUAAAAGCAAACGACAUAGUUCUUCUAGUUCUAAUGAAUCAAGAAGUAAUAAACACCGGUAUAGACGAUAAUGUUUUGGUUAAAAUGUUAUUUUUAAAAGUUAAAAUCCUUACAUCAUUAUUUUGUUGAAAUGUAGACAUAAGAAUUUUACAUUCCUCUUUUAUUAUAUUUUUAAAAUAAUUCUAGGUUAGUUCUUAAUAAUUAAACUUAUCAAAAACCAAAUUAAACAUUUUUAAUUUAGUGUACCAGUUAAUAUUAAUUUAUUAUUGGAAUCUUAUAUUAUAAUCUCAAUCAUUAAAUAAAAAUUGGUUUGUACAUUCAUAAUUGCUUAUAAAUAAAACAUUUAUAAUUUAUUUAUUUAUUUAUUAAAAGUCAGUAGUAUAGUAAUACUAAAUUUCACUAUGUACAUACCUAAUGCUAACUCAUACCUUUAACAUUUUAAUGUUUUUUUAUUUUUAUUUUUUUAUGAAUUAUUAAUAUUGUAUUGAUCAAUUGAUCAGAUUACAUAUAAUCAAUAAUCAUUAUUUUUAUUUUUAUGUUAUAAAUUGUACAUAACUACAAUAUUACUUAAUAAAUUAUCAUUCACGAGAGACCUAGAAGCUAGGUACCUAUUUAUAGUAUAUACAAUAACCAAAAUAAAUAAAUUGUUCAGUUUUUA